ACACAAACACACAUCACAUGGUGCAUGGGACAGCCACUAUUCAUCAAUCAACACACAGCUGGUCAUAGCAGACAGUACGGGACUUUUAGAACCAGAUUUGUUUUUUUAUAUUUUCAAACGCAGAACCGUUUCUUAUGGGCUUAUAGUAUUGCUAAGAGUCUGUAUCAUCAUGACUAGUCCCCUGGCUGGCGAACCCCGGGCUGUGGGGCCUGGUGAAGUUGAUCGAGGGUCUGGAUCAGAGGCCCGGGUGCCCGUGCGACCGCAGCCGCCUCAGCAGCACCUUCAGGCGGCUUGUGUUAGCGCUGCUGUCGUGGCUAUGGUGGAGGCGCUGGAUGAUGCGGAGGGGCUCUUUGUAGCCGUGGAGAGAUGCCCGCUGUGCAACACGGCCAGACGGAGACUCACCUGCGCUCGCUGCAUCCAGACCGGUGAUUUCGUGUAUUUUGAUGGAAGAAAUCCGGAGAGGUACUCGGAAAAGCUUGAAAGACUUCAGAAGCUGAAAAAUGAAAAAGAGAAUCUUCAACAAAGUGUCCUCAAUGCCAUGGACAAGAAAGUUCAGGCUGACCAGCUGAGGUGGAAAAUUAUGUCAUGCAAGAUGAAAAUCAAGCAACUCAAAGAGGCCAUAUGCAUUGGCAAUGAUGAUGUGAAGAGUGGCAGGGAGCUGUUGCUGCGUUCACAAGAGGAGGGCCAAAGACUGCAGCGCAGGGCCAAUCGGCACCAGGAAAAGAGGGACAAAAUUAAGCGUCAUAACCAGCGUUUGGGUGAGCUGCUGGAGAAGAGAUCCAAAGAGCUGCAGGGGAGGCUGGAGGCCCUGGCUGAAGUUCGGAAGGAGCACAUACUGGAGCUCACCGCACACAUAUUCUCCAUACAGGAGGAGAAACAGGGCAGCAGGGACCCAGUUGAUCCAGUUGUGGCAGAGUACGAUCUUGCUCUGACCUCCAGCACUGUCAGUGAACUCGCAGAGGCCAGACGAACCACAUACCACUCAGGUCGCUGGAUCUGGGACGAUCAGAACGGAGAGACGAGCAUCAAUAUCACUGGGCCACAUGUCACAUUGCCUAGCAAUGGAGACUGCUCUGCCUAUUACUGCUGGGUGGAGGAGAAGAGUGGAAAUCAGGGGCCAGAAAUGGACCACAUCAACCCAGCUCACACCAUCAGUGCGGCCCUCUGCUAUGCUACCCAGCUAGUCAACACCCUGUCUCAUAUUCUGGAUGUCAACCUUCCGAAAAAGUUGUGCAACAGUGAAUUCUGUGGCGAUAAUCUGACCCGAUACAGAUUCACCCGCGUCGUAAACAAACUCAACACCAACAUCCUGCACCUGUGCUUCUCACAGCAUGUUGACAGCGAGCUGCUCCAUCCUAACCACACUUUGAGGAAUAUCAUGUUUUUAGUGUCUCCAGCAAACAAGAACCUUGGCAGAACCGGACCUUUUGAGGUGAGUGCAGACUUGGAAGACUCAAUGGAGUUUGUAGAACCAGAGGCAGCCGGACCUGUGGAGGAGAGUGGAGACGAGGCAGUGACAGAUGAAGAAACAGACUUAGGCACAGACUGGGAGACAGUUCCAAGUCCACGCUUUUGUGAUAUCCCCUCCCAGCCUAUGGAUCUUUCCCAGAGCGGCAUGCAGGCGUCCCAGCCAGUGGGCAAUGCUGGGGGCAUGAUCUCCUCCGCAGCGGCCUCUGUCACGUCCUGGUUCCGGGCCUACACCGGGCAGCGCUAAUGUCAGGUGGUUAGUUAGGGCUGUAUCUAUGCAAACACCCCAUUAAAAUCACCAUCACCUUUGUCAACUUGGCUUUAGGGAAAAAGGGGAAGUUUUCAUCUGACUGCUCAAACUAAAUAAAUGUGUGGUUGAAUCCAGAGAGAAGCAUGUUGUCUCCAGAAACAUCUUCUGUGUGAUAGUAAAUCAGUAAUGAAACGGUCGUGAACUGCUGCUCAGUUUUACAUUACUGAUCCUCUGUAGCUGACAUUAUACUGGAGACACAACUUUAUCCAAUGUGCAUUGCCAAAUAUUCUUUCAUUUUUGUUCAUUGGUGCAGACAUUGUACAUUCAAAGCAUUGUUGGACAGACUUGACUCUGUGCUGGCAAGAGUUUGAUUGAUGGAUUGAGUUUUCAUGGAAGAAUGAAAUUGCACCUUCACACCAGCUCUUCAAAGAACCUUACCGUAUAAAUGUUGCUGGACCUUGAGAGAAUUAAAUAUAUUAUUGCGGUGUGUCGCAUUUUAUGAGAUUAUAAAUUUACAAAAAGGAUUGUAUUUUGUGAAGAAAAAAAGUAUGUGAUGGUAUUAUUGCAGUUUUUUGUUCAUUUUACAUUUCAUCAAACACUACAAGUUGUACUGGGCAUAAAUAUUGUGCAUUGUUUUCGAGAGGUCUGGAUUUUUUUCACCAUCUUUAGUUGUUCAAAGAAUGCAUAUUUACUCUACUAAAUUAUCAGCUUCUAGUCGGUGCAUUCUAGAAUAUUUUUUAUUUGUAUUAGACCUCUUGAAAUAUUAAACUGAAUACCUCAGUUUCUGCAAUAGAAAUGAAGCUUUAUUCCUGUUAAUGCAAACAUGGGAAAACUCCUUGUUAUCGGUGUAUUAACUCAGAACAAACAUAAACGUAACUUUGUGAAGCAGUACUUUAAUGGUGUGAUGCCACUUCUAUUUAAGAGACAAGCGUGGCAAAACUAAAUGCAGUUAUUUGAGUGCAUUUACAAUCUAACAUUGUUAUAUACUCAAGGUGUCUGCAAGGUUAAUGAUCUACACUUUUUAUACAUUUAAAAAUUAUUACCUGCAAGAGAUCCAAAAAAGUGCCCUUAACUUUUUCCAAUGUAAAAAGGUUUUAGCUAUAAAUAGUACAAUAUAUAUGCUCACAUAGCCAGCCGAAUACUACUUGGGAACACUCUAUUCUCAGACACUUUCGGUUGCAGAAUAGUGUCUAUGGUUGACAAAAAACAAUGUUUUUAACAAUGUUAUUUGCAUGAUACUACAUUCACACAGAUUGGCACUGAAUACAAUUUAGAAGGUUACUUAGUGCACCUUUAAUUUGGGAUACAAUUAAAUUCUUGCACACCUUUUAUUGUUCAGUCACAUUGUAUAGUCCUCCACUAAAUGUGCACUUGGAAAGCAACAUGACUUGAAGGGAAAAAAGAUGCAUUGAUCCAGUAUUUUAAGAAUAAAUUAUCCCCAU